AUGCGCCCUAUAAAUUCUAUUCUGGCUGGUGCCAGUCUCGUCUCUGCUUGGACUGAACUCCACCAUGCGCCGUUCAUGAAUAAGAAUAUCGAUGCCAUUGUUGUCCCCGGGACCUACACCUCCCACAUGCACACCUUCUUUGGUAGUGAUGCCAUCACCAAUGUGCUUCCCACUUCUGCCGAACUGCAGACCGGCUGCUACACUGGCGACAACCCGAAUGACCUCUCAGUCUACUGGGUCCCUACCCUUUACCACGUCGACGGCGACACCUUCACCGAAGUCCCCAUCUUCCGCUUCAGCACCUACUACACAAACUCCUACGCCUCCGCCGCCAUCCCGCAGGACUUUGCUAUGAUCUCCGGUAACGCAUCAGCCAAGACCCAGGCCGAAGCCGACAACCCGUACAACGGCCUGGAAUGGUUCUGCGAAGGCUCAGAUGAGCGCGAAACCGACAUUGCCCGGAUGCCGACCAGCACCUGCGAUCAGCAUCUAGAGGUCAGCCUCCUCUUUCCGCAGUGCGUCAACCCAAAUAACCACGCAGAUUACGACUUUGCGGACGGCAAUGAAGACUGUCCCGAGGGGAUGGUGGCAAUCCCGCAGCUGAGAUACCGUGUGCUAUAUGAUACUAAGUUGGUCGCACCCAAUGGGUGGAGUGAAAGUGCGCCCUUUCAGCUAUCGUGCAGUGAUACCUCUGGCGAUGGGUAUUGUUUCCAUGCAGACUUCAUUAACGGGUGGUAUGAGGAUGCGGCGGAGAAUAUGCUCCUCAACGGUGGAGGCAGCUAUGACGAUGGGCAAUUCAUUGCCGGCGAGCAUGGCUCAGUGGCAGUGGAAGCUACCUGCACAGCUACUGAUCAAGAUCCGGACAAUGGGACCAGUGACUACUAUACCAGUCUCGAGAGGAUGGGGAAAGCUGUGAAUGUCGCGGAGGCUGUGGAAUCAGGCUCUGCUACUGAGACUGCUACCGUGGACUUCACACCAGUGAAUACACCUGCUCUGGUCAUGGCCGAAGCUUCUGCUUCUACUGCGAUGCCCACAUCUUAUCCGACUUCCAUCCGGCCUCCCACCCACACAUUAAGUACCACUAGUCGAACGGGACAUCGAAACAAGGGAGCAUGGAAUUCUAACUCCAGGCGGACCACCGGGCAGAAGUUCAGAACCGCAGCCACAAACCGUGCGCCCCAGUAG